UAAUGUACAAUUUACUGUAAUGUAUCAUGUGUGUAUGCCUUUAUUUGUCAAUAAAGCGUGUGUAGCCCGCCCUAAGCGGGCUGUCUCUUCUUUUUGGAUUUGUCAUCGAGUCGGACAUGUUUUAUUUACGCUCCAUUAAAUCCCUUAUAAAUAGUGGUGGUUCCGGUAUCGUUACGAAAUAUAACAGUGGCGACGAGAAUUCACGAUCACGCGUGUGAUAAACUCAGUGAUUCACCUAAAAUUGUGUCGUAAUUAUGGCAAUCGGAAAAAUAGGACCGUUUGACCUUCAUAAGGACAACUGGGUCACGUACGCAGACCGCCUCGAACAAUACUUUAUAGCAAAUGCAGUGAAAGACGAAAUAAAAGUGGCUACGUUAAUAACACUUAUAGGAAAUGAGGCAUAUGACCUCAUGGUCAAUUUGUGUACCCCAAAUAAACCGUCAUCCAUGACAUAUGACACCCUAGUGGAAUUAAUGAAAAAGCACUUAAAUCCUAAACCGAGUCUGUUAGCAGAACGAUUCAAAUUUCGUCAAAGAAUACAAAAAUCGGAGGAAAAUAUUGCAAAUUAUGUAGCGGAACUAAAGAAACUGAGUAAAGAUUGUGGAUUCAUGGCGAACGGAUUAACAGAAAAUUUAAGGGACCAAUUCGUUUGUGGAUUACUUAAUGACGAUAUACGGCAAAAAUUAUUUACAGAAGACGAUACAAUUUCGUUCGACCGAGCAUAUACAAUUGCGGUAUCCAUGGAGGCAGCGGAGACUAAUGCAGCUUUAGUAGAGGACUGUACCAGAGGCAAGAGUGGCAAUGGUGACAGCAUACCAGCGGCUAAGACUACAUCAGUUCAUCAUGGACGACCCAUAAAGGGGGGAAGUGGCAGACGAGGCGCCACCGGCACAUGGGCUACCCGUGAUUCACCGGUUACCACUAGUCGAAGUGGUAAGAGUGGAGAAUAUGGCGAAAAAAGGGGUGGGGGCGCGUAUUUUAGUCGCAAUAAUAAUUCUAACCAAAUCUGCAAUGUAUGCGGCAGGGAGCAUGAAGCAAAUACUUGUAAAUUUAAAAUGUAUGUCUGUCGAAUAUGUAAUCGCGAAGGGCAUUUAAAAAAGAUGUGUCCUAAAGUAAAGGGAAAGACAUCAAUGCACAAUAUUGAGGAAGAGGUGGCUUUAAAGAACAUGGUAGAAAGCGACAGUGAUGAGUUCCAGAUUCUGUGAAGUAUUCAAGGAGGGCCUGGGGCGGUUCACUGGCGGACCAGUGGGAUUCCAGUUGAGGGAUGGUGCACGACCGGUUUUCAUGCGCGCGCGGCCUCUCGCUUAUGCGCUCCGCGAGCCAGUCGAGCGCGCUCUUGACCAGAUGGUGCGGGACGGGAUCCUGACACCGGUUGCCACCUCCGACUGGGCCACUCCAAUUGUACCGGUGAUGAAAAAAGAUGGCACCGUACGGGUAUGCGCGGAUUUUAAAAGUACUUUAAAUAAAUGUUUAGAAGUGGACCACUAUCCAGUACCACGGGUCGAAGAUUUGUUAGCUAAACUACAUGGGGGACAAAAAUUCACCAAAUUGGACUUAUCGCAGGCUUAUGCCCAAUUUGAACUUAAUGAAUCAAAAAAGUAUACAGUGAUAAAUACCCAUAAAGGGCUAUUUAGGUUCAAUAGGCUUAUUUAUGGGUUAGCAUCUAGCCCUGGUAUAUUUCAGAGGAAGCUUGAACAGCUUUUUGCUGACAUGCCAGUUGGGGUGUUUCUAGAUGACUUGAUCAUCACAGGGGUAGAUGACCGUUCGCACCUGGCUACACUAUAUGAAGUCUUUGAAAGAUUGCAAAAGUAUGGAUUACGAAUAAAAAAGAAAAGUGUACGUUUUUCGCAGACUCGGUUACCUAUUUGGGGUUCGUGAUUAGUAAACAGGGGGUUCAUACAUGUCCAGAAAAAAUUAAAGCAAUUGAAAACGCACCGGUACCUACGAAUAUUACAGAGCUGCGGUCGUUUCUUGGUCUCGUUAUGUAUUACGCUAAAUUUGUAUCUAACUUAAGUACAAUCUUAGCACCACUUUAUAGAUUAUUGAGGAAAGACGUUAAGUAUGAGUGGAAUGGAGCUUGUAGUGAAUCGUUCGACACAAUCAAGCAUAUGUUGGUAUCAAGCAAAAUAUUAGCUCAUUAUUCACUUGACCUUCCACUGGUACUGACAACUGAUGCGAGCAGCAUCGGUGUGGGCGCGGUGGUCUCGCAUCUCUUCCCAGGAGUGAAGAACGACCCGUAGCUUUUGCUUCGCGGGUACUCAAUGCGGCUGAAAAGUCUUACUCGCAAAUUGAACGCGAGGCGUUAGCUAUCAUUUAUGGUGUUCGUAAAUUUCAUCAGUACCUUUAUGGACGUAAAUUCAUAUUAAGAACGGAUCAUAAGCCUUUAGUAACAAUUUUUGGAGAUAAAACGGGUAUACCUGUCAUGGCUGCCAGUAGAAUGCAGCGUUGGGCGGUAAUAUUAGCUGGGUACGAUUAUAGCAUAGAGUACGUUCGAAGUGACAAGAAUGCCGCCGAUGCUUUAUCGCGUCUGCCGGUGGAGAUGGAGAAACAUACGAAUGAGGAGUUUACUUAUUUAAAUUUUGUCCAAAAAUUUUUUACCUAUUACUAGGCAAAUGGUCCAAGAUGGUAUUGAUAAGGAUGAGGAUUUAAAAAAAGGUGGUUAAUUUCAUUCAAGCAGGGUGGCCAAACGUGUGCAAAGACGAAUUAAAAGCAUAUUUUGUAAGGCGUAACGAAUUAUACAUGGAUAGGGGGUGCAUAGUUUGGGGCUAUCGUUUAGUUAUACCGAUGAAGUUAAGAGAGCGUUUAUUAAGCGAGUUGCAUCUAGGACAUUUAGGUAUAGUCAAGAUGAAAAGUAUAGCACGCGGUAUUGUUUGGUGGCCUGGAAUCGAUCUAGACAUUGAAAAUACGUGCAAACAGUGCACAACGUGUUGUCUAGAGGGGGCUGCGCCACCUAAAGCGGUACCGCAACCAUGGCCUUAUAUUGCUGAACCAUGGUCACGAUUACACAUAGAUUUUCUGGGGCCGUUUCAAGGGAAAACAUUUUUAGUAAUGGUUGAUUGUUCAAGUAAAUGGCUAGAGGUAUUUGUGAUGCCAAAGACGAAUGCUCAAAUAGUAAUUAAAGUACUUCGUACAACUUUUGCACGUUUUGGACUACCCAAAGAAAUAGUAUCUGAUAACGGUCCUCCGUUUACAAGUAGAGAAUACCUAGACUUUAUGGAAAAUAAUGGUAUAAAAGUAACUUUCACACCAGCAUAUCAUCCUUCUUCAAAUGGAGCGGCUGAAAAUGCCGUAAAGCUUUGCAAACGAGCGAUUAGAAAGUCUUUAAGGGACGGUAUUGACAUAGACACAGCAUUACAAACAUACUUAAUGAUGUAUAGGAAUGUAGAGCAUAGCACAACUGGAAUUGCACCGGCCAUGCUACUACAACGUAGGAGAUUAAGGACUAGGUUAGAUUUGUUAAGAGAGGAUAGGCAAUUAGAAGCAAAAGUACAAGAUACGCAACGUAAGCAAGUUUGCAACGCAGGGGCACCGUAAGGGAUUUUAAGAUUGGAGACCCGGUUUGGGCUCGUGAUUUUACAGGGGAAAUGGCUAGAUGGCACAGUUAAGGAAAAAUUAGGUUCCCGUAAUUAUAUCAUCGGUAGGGAAAGUGGUCCCUUCUUAAAAAGACACGUUGAUCAAAUUAAAAAAAGGCGUAGUAGUUAUACAGUGUCCGCUACGGAGCCAGUUAUUCCUUCGCUCAACAAGGAAUUGGAGAAUCCGAUGCCCUUAGCUAAUGAGGAGAUAAACGGUGUCGAACAAAGUGUGGCGCAUGAUGCGACUGAGUCGGGUGUGCGAGAAUCGGAAACCGUGCAGGACAUUAUUGAAAAUCCCACCGUUGAAAAUCAACGGGAGUUAAAAUACGAUGAGAACCCAGUUGCACUGCCCGUGAACCGUUCCAGGAGAAUUAGGAAGCCUGUACGUAGAUACGGUUUUGAAGAUUAUACAGAUUAAAAAACAUAAAUAAAUAAUAAAUAAAUAAAAGUAGAAAGAUUAAAAUAAAGACGGUAUUAAAAUUUUUGAUUAACAUAUUAUAUUGUAAGUUUAAAUUGUAAAUGUAAUAUUGUCGCCUGGAUUGUGAUUGGAUUAUAAUAUCUAGUAAAUAAGGGUGAAGGUGUAAUGUAUCAUGUGUGUAUGCCUUUAUUUGUCAAUAAAGCGUGUGUAGCCCGCCCUAAGCGGGCUGUCUCUUCUUUUUGGAUUUGUCAUCGA